UUCCUCAAUUCUAUCAUCUGUCAAAUUUCGCAAAAAUAAACACCAUAAUUGAUAUGGCAGUUUAAAUUAUACAUUUCUUUCGUUUUUCAGUCAAAUUCUCGUGUCCAUAUUUCUUAAAACAACCUCCAAUCUUUGCAGAAACCAAGGAACCACGUUUCAGUAAGAGGUAACAAGGUUUUUCCAGAACUUUGGUUAUUCGACAGUUGCGUCAUGUCAUUUUGAGACCUUGAUCGACUUGAAGGACUACGUGUUUGGAAACAUACGAUUUGCUUGUUUUUUGUUAAAUAAAGUGAAAUUACCAAUCCCAAUAUUGUGUUAGUUAAGAUGUCGUCAGUACGAUGCAGCUUAGCCACUGCAGGCAAAUAUGCUUUUGCUGCCAGGAAUUCCAAACUUCAGCAAGGUUUGCUUUCAACCAUUUACUUAAAGCAACUACCCCAAAACAAAAACAUUUGCACUAGUGUGGUCCUUCUGAAAACUGUUGGAGCAGGUGAGCCACCUACUAAUACCACACCUCCUCCUAGUGGUACAACUGGUGGGAAUAAUGGGAAGAACAAAAAUACUUUAUCCUGUCCUAAAUGUGGUGAUCCUUGUACACAUGUUGAGACUUUUGUAAGUUCGACAAGAUUUGUCAAAUGUGAAAAAUGCCACCAUUUCUUUGUGGUACUAAGUGAAGUUGACAGUAAAAAGAAAGAAGGGGCAGAUCUGAAAAAUGGCCAAUACCGAAAACCUCCGCCACCACCAAAAAAAAUAUAUGACUACUUAAACAAGCAUGUUGUUGGCCAAGAGUAUGCGAAAAAGGUUUUAUCAGUUGCUGUCUACAACCAUUACAAAAGAAUCUACAAUAAUACUCCAAAUCCGAUAGGAAAUAACAGGCAAGAUAUGGCUGUCAUGGAACAAGGCCUUCAUCAAAAUAUGUCACAUCGAGAUUUGCUCCAUGUAACAGGAAUGGGGCAUGCAGGACCUAUGGGGCUAAGUUUUAGCCCUACAGAGCCACCUUACACUAAACAAACCAUCUCGCAAAGUGCUGUAGGAUCUGAUAUUUUGGAUAGAACUACACAUGAACUAAAACUAGAGAAGAGCAAUAUUUUACUGCUUGGACCAACUGGUUCAGGUAAAACUUUAUUGGCCCAAACAAUAGCUCAGUGUCUAGAUGUUCCUUUUGCUAUCUGUGAUUGUACCACACUCACUCAAGCUGGAUAUGUGGGAGAGGACAUUGAAUCAGUUAUAGGAAAAUUACUACAAGAUGCUGGCUAUAGCGUUGAGAAAGCCCAAAUAGGAAUUGUGUUUCUGGACGAAGUAGACAAAAUCGGUGCUGUUCCUGGAAUUCAUCAGCUAAGGGACGUUGGAGGUGAAGGAGUCCAACAAGGCAUGUUAAAAAUGUUAGAAGGUACAAUUGUAAAUGUACCAGAACGAAACUCUCCUAGAAAACUACGAGGGGAAACCAUUCAAGUUGACACAACGAAUAUUCUUUUCGUUGCUAGCGGUGCUUAUAAUGGUUUGGAACGCUUGAUACAGAGGCGAAAUAAUGAAAAUUAUUUGGGCUUUGGUGCUCCAGUGACAGCAGGACAAGGAAGGAGAGCUGUAGCACAGGAAGCGUCUCUACAUGCCUCGGGGCAAAGUGCGGAAGAAGAAAAUUCGGAAAAAGAUAAGGCGUUAAGAAAAGUGCAAGCUAGAGAUCUGAUUGAUUUUGGAAUGAUACCGGAAUUCGUGGGCAGGUUCCCUGUUCUGGUACCAUUCCAUUCUCUAGAUCAGAAUAUGCUCGUGCGGAUAUUGACCGAACCCAAAAAUGCCCUUAUUCCUCAAUACCAAAGGUUGCUGGCUAUGGAUCAGUGUCAAUUGUCUUUUACUCCAGAUGCACUAAACGCUAUUGCAUCUCUUGCUAUGGAGAGAAAAACUGGUGCCAGAGGUUUAAGAGCUAUUAUGGAAAGUCUUCUUUUAGAACCUAUGUUCGAAGUACCCGGGGCCGGAAUCUCCGAAGUACACAUUACAGACGAGUGUGUCAACGGCAAAUGUCAAGCGACUUACGUCAGGACUAGUCCUGAUGUAUCAGAAGAGGACGAAAUCAACGCGACUAUUAGGUUAAAACAAUGAUACUGGGGAGAUAAUCAUAUUUAGGGAACUAAUAAUUAUUAUGCAAGCAGUAAUAUGUUGAUAGCGUUCUGUCAAAAGUGACAGUUCUGAUAUGUGAAAAGCGACAUGGCACUAUUAAAAUGUACGAUAAAAAAAUUGUAAAAGCCAAAAAAAAAAAAAAAAAGGAAAAAUUAUGAACGGUUAAAUACGUUCAGUACUGUCAGUUUUGAUAAAAUUUAAUGGUCCUCGAUAGUCGAUUUUGACGAUAACUGUUUUGAUCUUAGCUGUAAGAUUUUUUGUUGAUACAUAUUUUUUUAUUUAUAUCCUCUAUUGGAGUAAGUAACCUGUAUAAAAAGUUAAUAAAAAAUCGUAAAACUGCCUAAAAGUCAGUUAAUUAUAUUUUAUUGUGAUGUUUCUAGAAAUACAGAAUUUUUAAAGAAUUACACCUUUAAUAAAUAUGUUUGGUUGAGUUUAA